GGUCUGUAGGGGUAAGUGCACUCAUGACACUCGUCGAUCCAGUCGUGUAACGAGGCGCAGGUGCAAGCAUUUCAUCUUCGUCGUCUCUAUGAUUGCGGUCAUCUCUAUCGGCAUCGCAAACAUGCUCGUGCUACUGCGCGUCGUGAUUCUCUGGGAUGAACGGCCGUCGGUAUUGAAGUUCAUGGUGGUCGCAUAUUGUGCAAGCCUCAUCGCUCAAGUCACCACUAUCAUUCUCACACUCCUGCAAAUCUGCCAUCUAUGCGCAGCGGGUGUGACCUGGUCUCCAAUUGCGGGAAUGUGUGUCUCGUCUCAGAGCUCGCACGUCAUAGUCGCUGUGUGGGCGUCGCCGAUGCUGUUUGAGUUGUUCGUCUUGGUCUCCACUGCCCUGAACGCCGUUGACCGACCGACCUCGGCACGGACACCGAUUGCAAGGGCGCUUUGCAGUGAUGCAUUCUCUAUUGGUCGCGCAAGCUUGUCACGACCGUCGUUUACGUUGCUCGGUGUAUUUUUCCGGGAACCUACGGACGUGGACCUUGCGCUGGUGGAGCGGUGUAUACCGCCCAGGGAUGGCAACAGGAGCAACAACAGCAGCUUUGACAUCAGCAAGAGCAUCGAGUGACCGAGGAUGAGGUUGCGGAGAUCGACGCAAUGUGGGCGUCGCGGUUGGAGAGAUCGUGGCACUACGGAUGAGUCUGGACACUGGCGCUGCAUUCUGCUAGACACUGCGUGCGCUCGUCUUCCUUCGAUGUGUCUGUAGUAGUAUACGACUUGUACUGAACACGGACUGAUACUCUC